ACUGGACAAAAUGGCUACCUUCAUUACCUUGAUGGAGUCUAGAAGGAAUGUUGUUGACCAAUUAUUUCAAAAGCAGAGGUUAGAUGACAAGUAUUACGCCAUUAAGGCCUUAAUUAUCCUUUCGUUUACAUGUUUUUAAGCUUUGAUCUUGGAAGAGACAUAUCUCGAGCAGUUUUUGCGCUCGAAAACUCGAUCGCGUAACUGUAACUUGUUUUCAUCUAAAAACUAUACCUACAGAUACUAAAUCAAGCCGAAGGUAAUACUUUAUACAUUGAUUUAUAUAAAACUAGGCCCAGUGUCUGACUUAUAGUCUACAGCUGGCAAGAAUAUCAGUACAGUGCAUCUAUCUCAGAAAUAAAUAACAUUGAAUUCAUACAACUACCAGCACUCAGCUACUCAUGUACUGGGCAUAGUAGAUUUGUGUGGCUAAGUAAUAAGAAUUUUGUGUAGGUUUAGACUUGAGCACAACACAGAAAUCCCUUUGAAAAGCACACAAAUGCAGGUCUCUAAACUGUUGAAACUUCUAAUGUUCAGUUAAUCUUAAUAGAAAGUACAUGCUCAGUUAUUUUACAAACAUAAUUGUUGGUCUGGCUAGUAAUUCCAGGCGUAGUUAAUUGAUAAACUGAUAUUGAUAACAAUCGUUAGUAAUCAAUAUCAAUCUUCAGUGAAUACUGAUUUUCAAUAUCAUCGAUAGAAAUUGAUAAAGAAAAAAAGUUGUAACGUUGAUAAAUAUUGAUUUCUGAUAUUAAUAAAUAAAGAUUUAUUUAUCGAUUGUUAUCAAUUAUUAUCAGAAAAGACUCGAGUCAUUUGUCAGAAAUUUGACACUUACAGAAUAUCUGUACCAUAUAUACUCCUCAAGAAUAUUGCUUGUUAUUGAUUAUUAGUAAUAAUUAUUAUUACUAUUGAUUGUUAUCUAUUUUUCAAUCAAUAACGAUCGCUAAAUUGUUUUUUUCUGUGACUUCGUUAGUUUCUAUCUAUAUUUUCCAAUAACAAUUGAUGGACUAUAUCGAUUGAUUUCCAAAUACAUUGAUUUCUGCCAAUUAACUAUGCAUGGAGUAAUCAUAGGCAGACCUGCUACUUCAGAGACUUAAACACUCAAUUCAAAUAAUAUUGAGAUGUGCAGUUACAGUGAAUUUCGUAUGACCUUGAAAUGAAAACCUGCAAACAAAACAGAAACAACAAACAAAUGGAAAUAGAGUGAUUUGAUUGGUUUGUCGAACAGAUACAAACGCGUGUGGUUUUUGGUUGGUUAAGCGAACGCUUGGCUGAAAAACUUUACGCUCGAAGAACUUUCCAGAAAUCAACCCAUACUUUGCUUUGACCUUAUACUGCAACACGAUUGGCCAAUCAAACAAUGCCUUCUUCAUGUUACAUUUUUUCUUUGGUGGGAAAACAUGGAGGCCACGUUUUGAUCUUUUCAUCUAUUGGCUGAUGAAACGAAUAACAAACACUUGUAAACAAAAACCAUUUUUCAAGGUCAUAUGAAAAUCGCUCUAAUAGGAUGUGCAGUUAACAGAUUGUUACAUUUUACAGGGAUGCAGAGGAUCAAAGGCAAAAGGAAUUCCAAGCAGCGCUUAAGAUCCAGUCUUGGUUUAGGGGAACUAAAGUUAGAGCUUACUUUAGGUAUGUAUGAGAACAAGACUUUAAUGCAGUUGAUUCUAAUCUUGACACUAUUAUAAUGGUCAAACCUCUACUUUACAUCAUCAAUGAGACAUGAAAGCACUGUAGGCAUGAAAUCACAAUCCAACAACCAAACAUUGCUCUUUGAUAUAUUUUUAGGUUGCAACAGUACAUAAUACAGAUUUAUUCACUCACUCUUUUUUAAUGGGAAGUAAUAAACAGCUCCAGAAAAUAAUAACGUCCAUACCCUGGACCACACACACCUUCCCCACUGACAUGAUUUUUUCUAAAACCCCUCAUUCCUCUCUAGAAAUUCCAACAAUUGAUACCCCCAACACAGGAAUUUACCAUCCCUUCUGUGGGGGGUGGGGAGGUCAAUGCUACAAAAUAAUAACACCUGUACAGUGUAUCUGUUGCAGGUCAAAAUUGAAUUCAGGUUAAAAUUAUUUAACCUUGGUUGAUUCUCAAUUUUUUUUUGUCUCCUAGCCCUAAUUCACAGAAUAAUAAUUAGGGCUAGGAGACAUUAAGCGAAAUUGAGAAUCAACCUAGGAUAAAAAAUUCUAACCUGAAUUUAAUUUUGACCUUACUGUAACGUAUCUGUAAUAUUAUAUCUUUUUUCAUAGAUUUCUUCAUCUCUGUGCAACAACAAUACAGAAAAAUUUUCGAGGUCACAAAGGUAGAGAAAUUCACAGACAUCUUGUACAGGUAAGAUUUUAUUUGUUGAUUCAUUAUCUUUCACCAAACAUUUUUGUAAACUGAAAUAUUAUUGUUAAAGAGAGAACUAUGAGCAAAGUAAGUAAAUGGCGGUGCCAUACAACAACCUUAUUGAUUAAUAGCUCAAUUUCUAACAAUACCUUGUUCUAUCAGGAAAAACUGACCAAAAUGCGGGUUGACUUCUACAACAAGCAUGCAACAAUAGUAAGUGUUGAUGCAUCCAUGCAGAUUUCAAAUUUAUAACUUCUAAUACAGUUGCCAUUUAAAUUUGAUAAUUUUUAGUUUUGAAAAAUGAAAUAAUUCAAAAUUUAUUUAUUUUUCUACAGAUUCAAAAAUUUUGGAGAGGUAGGUUAUGGAAAGUUUUUUUUAUGUAGUUAAAUAACCCCAUUAUUGACAUAUUAAAUAUAAUAAUUUAUUAUUAUUGCUGUAUGCUUUUAAUUAUUGAUAUAAAAAUAUUAAUAGAAACCAACCAGCAUGCAAUUCCAUAAUCUGAUUGGCUAAGAUACUAUCUAUUGUGUGAUUAUUUUCUGUUAGGUUUCUAUGUGCGCAAGUAUAUCUAUAAUUACCACAGUCGCAAGAGAUACUUACAGGGUAUUGUCACCAAGAAUGAAAUAGUGAGGUGAGACUAAUAAGAUACUAAAAAGUCAAUGUUAUCCAGGAGAUUUGAUGACCUGUAAAGGAGAUCAGUAGAUUUAUACCAUAUUCCAGAGACUAUCAGAUAAUCUGGGAGAGUUGGUUUAUAUGAUAUUUAUUGGCCUGCCCGGCAAAGAUGCCUCUGGUUGAUAUGUAGCAAACAAUCAGUAUGAGCAGCCCAGUACGUUAUGGGUAUCACAUGUAUGUCAGUAUUAUCGUUGCAGUGGUAAUAGACAGCCUUGCAGUCCCAGCUUGAAAGUUGUGAAUGGAUAGAAAUUUUCAAAUAAGUCAGAGGGCUAAAUAAAUGUGAACCAUGUGAUCAGUCUAGGGUACUGAUUUUCUUUUUUAGGAAAGAGCUGGAGGAAUUUGCCAUAAAAUCAGAAAAAGAAAAGGACAUGAAAAGAGAGUUGGAAGAAAAGGUAAUCAGACUCUAACGUUGUUUUUGUGAUACUCAAAAUCAGAUGCUCCACUAACUUACAUCAUAAAGUAAAGUUUAAACCACAGUGUAAGUAUUAACUCAUCAUUCUGUUUUGCUGACUAAGCCUAGCAGCUAUUCAAACAAAAUAAAAUCUUGUAAUAAUUUCAAAUAACAUUUUACAACAGUUGCAGAAUUUACUGUCAAACUCAGAAAACUCGAUGUGAACACCUGAACAUUUUCAGGAAAAUUGAUUGUGUUGUGACCAAUCACAAUUAAGUUCAGGACACACGAGCAAACUACAAAACCACAAACUAAUUAUCUUUGCUGUUUGCAGUUUUCUCAUGCCUCAUAUAGGCUUUCUCCUCACAACACAAUAAUAUUCCAUAAAUAUUUCUCGUGUUCACGGUUUUGUGAGUUUCAUAGUUAAUGCCAUUGUGUCAUUGACAAUUACUAUUUUCUUGGUUUAGUUUGCAAAGGAGAUGAGUGCACGAAAAACACACUACUUGAUCAGUACCCACCAGGUGCCUGGAGUAUACAACUCGCCAUUUUACCCACCAAAUCCAUCUGCAAAGGAAAUUGAGCUUCGAAAUGUAACACCACUCAACCACAGAAGCCGGCAGCGUCUCAAGGCUCAGCUUCCAUCUGAUGCUGCAGAGAUUCUCAACCAGUCGAGAAAUGUCAGAACAUUAUCCAGAGAGUCUAAAAGUAUUCCACUGCCACCAAUAUCCAUGAGUACAGCACAGAAGAUGCAGGUACGUGCACAGGGUUCCCAUCCUCUGCUCAUGUAGUGGAUUCUGCUACAUAUUAAAUAUAGCUGUGUCAGUUAUAAACCCUGUCUUUUCACAUUCCACAGGUCAGAUUCAGGUCAACGUGCAUAAGAUAAAUAAAUGAAAAGUGUGUUCUAAUUAACUACAGGUAUAUCAGAUUUGAGCCAGCUCAACCUGUGGACUGGCACAGGUGUAUUUUAGACUCAACAAUCAAAACUCAGCCUGACUGGGGAUUAUGCCUGAUUUAAUUUGAUGACAUCUAUAGCAAGAUUAUUCAAGUUAUUUGCUCUGACGAAGGGCUCAGCACUCAGAAUGUUAGCUUUUUUUGUUUAAUAAGCCCACCAACAUAUCACCACUGUUUCUUUAUAAACCAACCCAGUAUUUUGUUCCUGGUUUUGUGUUUGUGUAGGGUCCAUUCCGCACUCCUGAUGAGGUAUGGCAACAGAGACACAAACCAUUAAAUCCUACUUUAAGAGUGGCCACGUCAUAUUUCUCAGCAGAGGAUGCCAGGUACAUGCUGAUCAGCCUUCCAAGUCUGUGUCCACCACUUCUCAUUUAACAUUACAGGGUUGCCACUGUCAGGGGAAAAUCAGGGAAGAACAAAGUUAAUGGGUUUCAGUGUUAGUGACAACGUCAGUGAAAAGUCAGGGAAUUUUAUUUUCAGGUUGCCACAGAGUUUGAGUUCUAAAUUUCAUUGUUCAAGAGAUAAAAUGGAUUACGUACAGUGGAAGCUGUCAUAAGUGGACACCCUCGGGAUACCAAAAAGGUGUCCUUAACAAUACUGGAGCUGGCUUUCUACGGGAAUGUAACAAUACAGAGUUUGUAUGGGAGUUGAGAAAAGCAAAGUUUUGUGAAGGCUGCCAUAAGUAGAGCUGCGCGCUUACAAGAGUGUCUGUUUGGAGAGCUUCCACGGUAUAUAAAAAUGGUCAGAAAAAAAUUUGAUCCCCAGUGGGAAUUCCAGUUACUUUGAAUGCUGUAACCAUUGAGAUCGGUUACUCAUGGCAAGUAGGCCGCUCGAAAAAGGUGUGCUAAUAGCUGGGCUUGGGUGACAUAUUCCCUGUGCAGCUUAUGACAUAUCUUACUCUUGUGCUUAUAUUUCCUUCUCAGGAGUGAUAUGAAAGCUGAUGAAUGGGUAUCAAGACUGAUAGAUGAUAAGUGAGUAGAUGAUGAGCUUGUUCUUGUAUUAUAGUAACAAAAACAUUGCAUAAAAAGUUUGAGGACAUGAAAGUUUAGUUUACAUUACAUUACCAUUUUGUCUUUGAUGCUUGCAGACUGUCUAGUUUCGCUUUUUGUCAGCUUGUUUGGUUGUCUGUUACAUUAGUAUGAUUUGCAGAGCAUGUGCAGUUUAGUUGCAUCUAUACCCCUAAGAAGAAUUUGGCUCAAAUCCCUCAGGGUUCUUGUUUUGUUGUCCUUUCAACAGAAAUGUUCCUCUGGCCUUUCCUCAGAAGUCCUCAAACUCCUAGUGGUCAAUGGCUCAAUAUCUGUCUAGCGCUGCUUCAAAGAUAUCCUCAGUCACAUGAUAUGUUUCUAUCACAAGCUGAUUGAUACCUGUGUUUCGUCUCUUCUCUUGGUGCUCUCACUCUAUAUCUUUAUCAUCAAGUCAACCUCAAUCAACAGUCCUUUUAACUCUGUUCUUCGCUGCAACCUUCGUCCUUCAACAGACAUUCUCAAACUCAUUAAUAAUUCAUUAAGAAAAUACAAAGGAAAUUAAUGUUUAAUGAGUGUUUGGAAAUCGGAUGAAACACUACUUAGUAUUUGCAUCCUUAAUUUCUCCUUCAAAAAUGAUUUUGUGUGAGAAGAAAUAUCAAACAUUCGACACAGUGUUUCAUCACCAGAUGAAACACCUCGAAGUUCGUCAAAAAUACUCCGCUGCGCGUCGUAUUUUCAACUCUCUUCUCGGUGUUUCAUCUGGUGAUGAAACACUGCAUCUCAUGUUUGAUAUAUUACGUCAACAUUUGUUUCCACUGGUCUACCAAAACACUGCUACCUUCUGCCUUCUGACAGUUGCCAAAAAGAAUGAGCUGUACUCUUGGAAAUGACCGUAAAACUCAUUCUUACACUCAGUUUAGUGGCUUUUCUGGACUCUUCUACUGUGUCUACUGCAUCUUUAAUGCCAGCUUCACAACCUCAACUGAUCUCAACUAUCUUUCCAUAACUUUUUGCAAGUCUCCCCCUUGUGAUAAGUCUUGUAAUACGUUUAAGAACCUCAAAUUUAGAUUCUUAAACAUUCAAUUUCCUUAUGUGCAUCAUGAUGCUUUGCUACUUUCCUUGUUUUGCAAUGAAUGUUACAUUCAUCAGAACAAAGUUAGACUUACUUGUUUCUUUGAUUCUAAGUUCUCUUUGUCUUCUUCGUACUUUUUCUGGUUCACAAAUAAAAUAAAUCAUCCACCUUUUUCAAUGAAGAAGUUCUCUAUGCCAUGAAUGCAUUUUGUUCGUUUUAUCUUUAACCUUCUGUCAGUAGAAGAAAACAACUCCAAUGAUUUCGUUUUGGUCUCAAACCUAAAACAUUCCUUCGGCUACUUUGCUUCCUUUCUUACGUCACUUUUGAGGAUCCCAGACCUUUGCUUAUCUCAUACUGCUUGCUCUUCAUAACUUGGACUCAAGGGUCUGGGAAAGAGUAAGGCGUGUACUCCCUACCAGACUUCCUUUUUCUGCCUUGCAACUUUACCGUCCAUGUAAGUUCUGGCAUUUCCUUUCAACAUUUCAUAAAUAUAAAUAGCAGUAUCAUAACCAUUUACCUUUUUUCCUUCUUUUCAAUGCUGUCUCCUAAAUCACUUCAGGAGUCUUUUUUCUUGGAAGAAAGUGCCGUUAAACUUCUCCGUAUUGUUCUUUCAAAAAUGCACAUUUUAUAAAUGGUUUUCUGAAAGAAAAUUAUCAAAUCCGUGUUUUUUAAAAAUCUGAAAAAUCUUCACAAGCUUUCACUGUAAUAGAACUUCCUACAGUACUGUCCCUUCAUUCGUUAACAUUUUGCAUCAUUCGUGGUUGAAAAUUUGAGGAAAUAUUAAGAAGAAAGUAUCCAUUUUUAUCAUUUUCAGAUUCCUUCCAUUCACGCAUCGUGACCGUCCUUAUGAACCGCUUUUACACACGACUUCCCAAUAUGGAAGGUGAGUAUGACGUCUUGAUCAGACCACGUGAAGCUAGGGAGAGAUUUUACAAGGCAUGACGGUGACAAGCUCAAAGAUCACAGUAUAAUACGCCUUCUAUUUCUGAUUAUUUUGCCGUGUGUUGCAUUGAAAACCGAGGCAAAAACCGCAAUAAAACACAGAAAAUCUCACCCUGAUCGAAAUUUAUUCUCUUUUAGCCUGCCGUAUGGAACAAAACAUUUUAGGGAAGAGGACAAAGAAAGACGAAUAACACCCUCGGUAAGAGUGUGAAGUGUAAUUUGUUAGUGUGCAAGUAAUUAAAUCUCUGGGUGCAAGAACAAUAGAGUGAUUGUGAGCCAGUAUUUUAUUGGUACGAAAUUCGUAAUCUUGGGUGUGACUGAAUCGAGGAACGGUCGGCGAGACUGAAACGAGUGAAAGAGCUGAGCGUGGACUGAAACAGGCCCACUAUCCCCAAUUUUCACUCGGUUCAGGUUACUUUCGCUGUUUCUGUCAUAGUUUUUGGCGCAGCAUUAUUAAAAUGUAAUGCAGACGUGUAAAACUUGUUAUUUUUUUUCUUUUUGCAGAGAUUUCAAACAGUGGUUUCUCCAAUUCCAGUUUUCGAGCAGUUUGGAAAGACGUACUAACAGUGUACUUGUACAAAACUAAAAUAUCGUAGUUACAACAGUAUAUCGGAUACUGUCCUCAUUUUAGCUAGGAAGAAAAGAUAGCCAAUUAUCUUCUUUGUAUUUGUAUGUAUUUUUACUUGCUAUAAAAUUACAACAAAGGAAACGACCCUGGUUUUGUAAAUAUGUAAGAUAGAUUUUAAGGCAAUCGUAACUUUCCAAACCUUUUUCGAAUAUACCGGGUAUAGUUCUUUCUCAUUGUAGCUGAUCAGAUAUGUAAAAUAGUGUAAUAAAUUUACAGAACAGAU